AUGCGUUUGCAGCGUCGCAGCAGCGCUCAAUCCCAGGUACAUGACGAGAAGACGCUGGCAACUUUCCAUCCCUUCAACAAGCCAGAGUACAUCAAUCAGCUCGGUCGCGGAAGCCUGACCUUCGAUGAAUAUGCUCGCGGCAAAGCCUACGGAGGUACGAGCUUUUGGCAACCUACGCAGGCGAUGGGUCCGGGGGCCAUCUGCGGAUCGAACUUCGACAGCUGCGAGAACUUCCGGUGUCGCGUCGACCCCGGAUUUGGAAAUCCUUGUCCGAGUGAGGCGGACGAGAUUCUUCUGGACAAGCGCCCUGGACCAGCGACCAUCCCAUUCUGCAACGUGGGGGAUAUGGUCUGCGAAGGCUAUGACGAGCCAACGACCAUUUCAGGCUGGUUCUACGACUUGGGCGAUCUCAACCAGUCAAACCCUUUCGUUCGUUCCGAGCUCCUCAAGUGGGGGAAGUACAUGAAGAACAAGUACCACAUCGAUGGUUUUCGACUGGACACGGCGCCUUAUGUGCCAAAGGACUUUCUCAGCGAGUUCCAGGAAGCCGUGGGCAUCCCGAUACUUGGGGAGGUCACGGCCAGCAAUUGGACCUUUUUCAAGUCCUACUCUCCGGGCCCAGCUUCGAGGGACAAGCCCGUCUUGAAAGGGCUGCUGAACUUCUACGUCCACUUCCGAGCGACCCCGGCCUUCUGUGGCCUUCCCUUCUGGCCCGGGGCAGCCUGGGUAAAGCCAGGAGAGGCAAACCUCGACUUCAACUUGCUGAGCGCGGCCAUACGGAUGGUUUUCGAGGACAAUCCUGGUGCUGUGCAUGACCUGAACCUGUUGGGGAACUUCGUCGACAACCACGACAUGCAGCGCAUAGGGCUGUACUGCAAGGGCGACGUGUCUCGGAUGCGGAACGCCGUCGCGUGGACCAUGAUGAUGCAAGGGAUGCCCAUCAUCUUCUACGGGACAGAGCACGGCUUCAACACGACUCAUCCACCUCAAUGGAAUGCCGGCUUCUCUACUACAACGCCAGGCUAUACUUUUCUGCAGGCGCUGAACAACAUUCGAAAGGCCAUGAAGCUUCAUACCGCUACCAUGAAAGUGGAGUCUGUUCGCGCCAACCAGCUCGUCAUCAGCCGGCAUUCUGACACGCAGGCUUUCAUCUUCCUGAACAACUACGAGGAGCCGCAGCUUCCAAGAGGUUUGCU